AUGCCGCCCGGUACAAUCUCCAUCUUCGAGAUCCCUCUGAUUCUCGACAUCAUCUGCGACUUAAUCAGCCCAAAAGACGUGUGGUCAUGCAGACGGACCUGUCGAGUCUGGUCCCACAGCUUUGAACCGUAUGUCUGGCAUCACAUUCGACUCUCUCUUAGGACAACGCGACCUCUUGCAGCAACACGACUCCUUCAACAGAACGCGUACAGGAUCCGGUCAUUGGAUAUCCAUAUAGCCGACACUAUCUUCCUUGUCCCUUCUUGUACUCGACUCACUCAGCUCACAUGCUACGGCGGCAGUAGUAACAGUAGCAAUAACAACAAUCGCGAUCUGUCACGGCAGCAUGAACAGAAUAUCAACAGCAACCACCCUAAGGACUCACCACAAGCAGGAGCGACACAUCUCAUUGCUCGGAACCCGCACCUGGAACGUCUCAUUAUUACUAUGGAGUUCACCGCCCUCGCUCCAAAGUACUUUACGGCCCCAGUAUUGAUUGGACUACGACAGUCAGCCAUUUCAACGCUCGAACUCAAUCUUCGACAAACCUGUGACGUGACUGUAUUAGCCGCCAUCCUACUCCACUGUCCCGACACUCUGACAGAGCUCACCAUCGACAGCACGGCCCGGUUUGAACGCACCCAGGUUAUUACAGAGCUAGAAGGAAGUGAUUGUCAAUGGAUAUCUCUACCACCCUGGAGAGAGUUCCCUAGCCUUGCGCGGCUUGUCCUGAGACACCAGCUCAAAUUCCAAGAGGAAGCCAUCUUGUUCCCUCUCUUGCGCCACAGCCAGCAUCUCCGAGAGCUCGCUCUGCCCUCGAUCCGAAUGUCGCACAGCGACACAAUGGUCGCCAUCCUAAUCGAAUUCUGUCCCCACAUCGACCGAAUGCUUCGGUUCUCGGAACACGAUGACUUGACUCACGACAGAUGUCUCGACAUCUUGUGGGCGUAUCCACGUCUGGUCGAGUUUGCGUUCUGUUAUUCGGAGGAUAUGACCUCCAAGGUGAUUGAGGUCUUGUUGGAGCAGUCUGGGUCGACGUUGGAGGUGCUUGAGGUGUCGGCAGGGUUUGACACGGAUAAUCGGGAGAGGAUGGGUGCGUGUAUAUCGCAGGUGUUGCAGAGAUGUCCGAGGUUGAGGAAGUUGAAGGUUGUGCAUGAGUGGGAGAUUGAGGCGACCGGGACAACCGCAACCCUCGCGGACUUUUCUGAUUUGGACGACCUACAGCUGGAUUGGGAGUCGUCCUGCUGCACGUUCUUGCUUGAUGUCUUUGAGCAACAGUGGGAUGAUGGCGAAUUCAGGGUGUCGAACGAGAAGACGCUCAAAUGGAUAAAUGUCCCCAGGAUCUGA